AUGCUAUUUAGUUGUAUACAUACCGCAACGGUCAUAAGACGUUUGUCUUAUAAGGUACAUUUUAUACCUUUAAGAAGUGUAGUGAAGUAGUAAAAUGUCAAAAUGUGCAGUUAUAUUUGUUUCUAUGUUAUGGAUUUUGUAUAUUAACAGCGAAGUGGUAAAACGCUCCUUAGCCUGCAAAGAGAAUGAAAUGCACGUAGAAUGCGCUCAUUGUGGGCCAAGUUCUUGCGCGGAACUCGGGACCCCCAAGCCAUGCGGGGGGGCCACAUCGAGAUGCAAGCCGGAAUGCGUCUGCGUCGACGGUUACGUCAGGAAUGCUAACGGCACUUGCAUCCCGAAAAAGGAGUGUCCUUCCUGUGGUGGAGACAGGAACGCCACGUCAGGAUGUGGGAACCACUGUGGAAGAUUAUGUUCGGACUACAAGGAAGUCAACAAGACAUGUCUGACCGGGUGUCGGUAUAAUAGUUGUGAUUGCAAGCCGGAUUAUGUCUACCAUGAUUCUUUGAAGAAAUGCGUGCUGCCUGUCGAUUGUUGAUAAACUACAAGAAACUUAUCGUCAAUAUUCUGAUGAGAAUGAACGUCAAGAAGAAUAGAAAACCAAAAACAAAUAAUUAAGAUUAAAACUGUUGUACGUUAAA